GAAAUGGUGAAGUUCUCGAAGGAGCUUGAAGCUCAACUCAUCCCAGAAUGGAAGGAAGCCUUCGUCAACUACUGGCAGCUCAAGAAACAGAUCAAGAGGAUCAAGCUCUCCAAGCUUCCCAACAAGCCUCUUCUUCCCCAACCUGAAUUCUGCCGCUCGGUUUUCAAUUCUCUCAGCCGCUUUCUCGCCGGAAACUUCCUCUCAUCUGGCGACAAAUCUGAUAUCAUAAGGGUCAGGAGAAAAUUCAAGGAGGAUACGCGCCAAGAAGUUUAUGAAACUGAACUUGCUCAGUUGUUUUCAGAAGAAGAUGAGGUGCGUGUGUUUUUUGAAAGGCUUGAUGAAGAACUGAAUAAGGUAAACCAGUUUUACAUGAGACAAGAGAGUGAGUUUUUAGAUAGAGGAGAAAUUCUGCAAAAGCAGCUCCAAGUAAUGCUAGAUCUCAAACAAAUUCUCUUCGAUCGUCGCCGGAAAAAUUCUCCAGCGAAAACGUUUGGCUCUGGAUUAUCUUCUCCCUCUCUAGCCGGCGACUCCAAUUUCUCCGCAGAAGAUUAUCAAGUAUCGGAUGAAACAAACUCAGAAGUUUCCCAGACCGAUGAAGUGACGACAACCCUGGAAAGAAGGGGUGGUGUAAGCUUUAUGGUGACCAAGACAACGAGGAAAAAGCCGAAAACAGCGGCAACAAGGAUUGAUAUUCCGGCGAUGGCGCCGACACGAGCAAUCACAGCAAUGACGACAAAGCUGUGGGAUGAUCUUGUGAAUAACCCUAAAAAGGAAGGAUCCAUGGAAUACGUCAACAAGAGGAAUAUACAGUGUGCUGAGAAAAUGAUAAGAAAAGCAUUUGUGGAGCUCUACAAAGCCCUUGGCCUUCUCAAAACAUACAGCUCAUUGAAUAUGGUAGCUUUCACAAAGAUACUAAAGAAAUUUGACAAGGUAUCUUGUCAGAAAGCAUCCGCAAAUUAUUUAAAAGAAGUGAAGAGAUCUCAUUUUGUUAGUUCUGAUAAGGUGGUGAGAUUAAUGGACGAAGUGGAAUCUAUAUUCACAAAGCACUUCGCCAACAAUGAUAGAAAAAAAGCAAUGAAGUUUUUAAGACCCCAACAGAACAAAGAUUCUCAUAUGGUCACCUUCUUUGUCGGUUUGCUUACAGGUUGUUUUGCAUCAUUGUUCUGUGUAUACGCAAUCUUGGCUCAUCUGUGCGGCAUAUUCUCAUCCUCCACAGAACCAGCUUAUAUGCAAACUGUUUACCCUGUCUUCAGUGUGUUUGCAUUGUUAAGCUUGCACUUGUUCAUGUAUGGAUGCAACCUGUUCAUGUGGAAGAGUAAAAGGAUAAACUACAACUUCAUAUUUGAGUUCUCUGCAAACACGGCACUAAAGCACAGAGAUGUCUUUCUCAUAUGCACUGCCUCCAUCACUGCUGUGAUUGGAACAAUGGUCAUCCACCUCCUCCUAAGGGCUGCCGGCUUUUCUGCUUCCCAAGUUGAUGCCAUUCCAGCCAUUCUUCUUCUGUUUUUCAUAGUCCUUCUCAUCUGCCCACUUGACAUCUUUUAUCGCUCCACACGUUACUCCUUCAUUCGGGUUAUUCGCAACAUUGUGUGCUCUCCUUUCUACAAGGUUUUGCUGGUAGAUUUUUUCAUGGCUGACCAAUUAACAAGCCAGAUUCCAUUGUUAAGGCAUUUGGAAACCACAGGCUGUCACUUAUCUGCUAGAAUCUUCAAUACACACCACCCAGAGACCUGUCAUUCUGGAAGGUUGUACAUGGAAAUAACUUAUAUCAUCUCCUUCUUGCCAUAUCAUUGGCGCGCUCUGCAAUGUGCAAGGAGGUGGUUCGAUGAUUCAGAUUUGAACCAUCUAGUAAACAUGGGGAAGUAUGUUUCAGCCAUGGUGGCAGCAGGAGCAAGAGUAACGUAUGGCAGACGAGAAGACAAUCUAUGGUUUGCUAUUGUAUUGAUAACUUCUGUCGUGGCCACCGUGUAUCAAUUGUAUUGGGACUUUGUUAAGGACUGGGGUUUCUAAAUCCCAACUCAAGAAACCCAUGGCUCAGAGAUGAUCUAAUUCUAAAGAACAAAAACGUAUACUACAUAUCCAUAGUAAGUCCUUGAUACCAAGUCUCUCUCUCUC